AUGUUAUCUUGGUUGACCAGAGGCGCGUCGUCUUCGUCACCAGAUUCAGCUGAAAGAAACCCACUCGUACUGCCUUUUAGAGUUCCAAGGAGCUACGGAAGUGUGUUUCCCUAUUACAGGUUUAUGAGAGAUGCAUUAGGGGAAGUGUUGCCAAAUGAGGAAAAAGUUACUAACAACUUCGGCGGGGAGCGCUUCGACUCCAGCGCUGCUACUACAUCAUAUUAUACGUUCCGGCAUAAUGUGUCCGGCCUCCGAGCGAAAUGCUGCCUUCAGAGCGAGCCGUCCAUCGCACCACCUCCGCGAUUAUCAAGCGGCUUUCGU